GGUUCCCAUACAAAGCGCAAGUGCAAGUCGAUUCUCACUCGAGGCGAUCCCUGUCACGACGGAGCAAGCAUGACCGACGGUGGCGUCUACAGCGUCCUCUUCGACUACAGCGCCUUUGCGGCGUCGGGCAGCAACGGGCGCAGCCCCGAGGACGACGAGGCCCGCGUCCAGUGGAUCGUGUGGUUUGUCUCCGGGCUCUUUGUGCUGCUCGCGAUCUUCACGUCCAUGCGGCUCAUCCGCAACCAUCUCCGCCACUUUACUAAGCCGCUCAUCCAGCGCAAGAUCAUUGGCAUCCUCUGGAUGGUGCCGAUCUAUGCGACCGACUCGUGGCUCUCGUUGCGCUUCCGGUCGUACGCAUUGAUCUUUGAUAUGCUGCGUGACUGCUACGAGGCCUAUGUGAUCUACCUCUUCCUUGCGCUCAUGGUCGCGUACCUCGGCGAAGGCAGCGACGAGCGCGUCAUUGCGAUCCUGCGUACGUUGCCCGACCUCCCGCAUCCGUUUCCGCUCAACCACUGCUACAAGCCCAUCAAGAUGGACAAGACGUUUCUUCGCGACUGCAAGAUGGCGGCCAUGCAGUUCGUCGUGCUCAAGCCGCUCACGACCUUUAUUGCGAUCGUCCUCGAGCACUAUGGGCUCUACGACGAAGGUCGCUUUACCAUUGCGCGGGGCUACCUCUACCUCUCGCUUGUGCUCAACUGCAGCAUCACGUAUGCGUUCUACUACCUCGUGCUCUUCUACCUUGCGCUCGGGGCGCACCUUCGCCCGUUUAACCCAGUACCCAAGUUUCUCUGCGUCAAGGCCGUGCUCUUUCUGAGUUAUUGGCAGAGCGUCGUGCUCGCAUUCCUUUCGCGCUUUGAGAUCAUCCACGAAAUCGGGUCGUGGACCACCGACGACGUGACGACCGGCAUCCAAAAUGUGCUCAUUUGCUUUGAAAUGUGCAUCAUCGCGAUCGUCCACAACUACGCCUUCCCGUACGAAGGCUACAGAGACCUCUUUGCCGACACGUCGACGUCGUCAUCGACGUCGCUCCUCCGCGACAAUUUGUUUUCCGAAAAUUUUGCCAUCGACGACGCGCUCCGCGACUUUAACGAGGUCAUGCCGAUCGUGCUCCCGUCCAAGUUCAAACCGUCGGCCAACGUCCAGCGAGAAAAGAAAAAGGCCUUAACGGCCGUUCCAUCGACGCGCACUCGACCGCCGCCGCCGCCCGCAACGCCCGCGACGGCGCUCGACCUCGAUCGCGGCUGGAAGCUAUGAUUGUAGUAUGGUCUCAGUUGGAUCAACGACUAGUGUUUUGAUUAAGAUGCGUUCGGAGGAA